GUUAAAUUAUCUGUCAACUUUAUCAAUAUAGCAUCCAAUUCGUUUUAUGACUAAUCUACCAAUAAGAAAUAUACAUAAACUUUUUUUCCCAGAAAAAUUACUCAUUAAAAAAGAAGCUACUUUUUGCGCAAAUGUAAUUCAAUAUUAGCUAGUAGAACCUGGACUUUGAAACAAGUACACUAACAUCUCAAUAAAACGAAAACUACAUUGAUGUUAAACUUUUAAAGCUUGGACUCAGCUCAUAAUAAAGCGUAAUGAAAAUUUGGGUUUGUUAUUUAACAUACAAAUGAGCUGGACGAGUAAUUAACAGGUCUGGUCCGAAUAAACAAAUAGUUUGGUUCAUUUACACCUCUAGUACCGACCAUUAUAGCAUUUAUAUUGCCAAGGGAAUGAUGGGGCGUAUGAUGAAUUCAUAAAUGCAAUAUUUGAUGUUUGAUUAUGGUGAAUUUGAUUCUUUGCUUGCAGAUGAUGUGAUCGUCUCUGGUGUCUUAACAGCAAAAUGGGCUCCAGAGUUGAAGGAUGUGCGUUGUGACCUUGAUCCUGUAUUAAUUGCCAAACAAGUAAGGUGCAAAAGAAGUUCUUACCAUGUUGACCUUAAAAUUAGUAAAAUAUUAAAGCAUUCCUUGUGUUUGACAUUGGUCAUAAAAGUUUAUCAGAUGAAAAAUAUGUUUAUUUAAGCACAUCGAAACUUUUCCUGUUUCCCUAUUCUGACAACGUGCUUCCAAAUAUUCUCUUUUCAACUUAUUGAAUUGUCAGUUCUUUAACUAUGCAAUGCUAGAUAUGAUAUUACGUUUAAGUAGGUGUUAUUCUUUCCAGCAUUCAAUUUACAUCUUAUGAUGAUUGAACUACUUCCAUUACUAUCACUCCCCAAAUCCGAGGAUGUUAAUACAAAACUCUUCAUGCACCUCCAGCUAAUAUAUUAAGCUUUCGGGCCCAAUGAGUUCCUGGCAUGGUAUUGAACUUGAAGUCCCCUCAAUCACAUGGUAUUAGGUUUCUUUAGUCAAGAAACCAAUCUUUCACUCCUCACAGUACCCACUCACACACAGAAGAAAGAAUAUGAAUGUAUAUUGCUUCUGUAAUCAAAGAAUGAAGUGCUUACAAUCUUUCCCCAAGGGAGCACUCUCCCUUUCACAGGAACAACCUCUUGUCAAUACACUGAAUAUCAAAAAGCUUCCCCACACAAACACUGUCUAUCUUAUAAAGGCCCCCCAACAACUAACACUAAUUCCUAAAUUGUUUCCUCUGCACCCAUUAUAUCCUAUCACCUUAUAUCCUAUCACAUGGUCUAUAAAUCAGUCAUCGUUAACCUCAUUUUUCAUAUAAAUUAAAUCUUAGACUGAGCGAAAGUGGAUUUGAAGUACCUCCUAAAGUGCUGUGUUGAAGUAAGCCGGGCCAGUCUUUCAUCAUUGUCAAAUUGAUCAUUAAAGCACUGAUGCUCUUGGCUCCAUUUGGCCACUUUUCACUAGAAUGAGUUCUUAACAGGAGAAAGCAAGUUUCAUUGAGAACUUCUGCUCAAUGUUCUUAUUCCUAAUUCUAAAUCCAAUUUAAUUGGCGACUACUCUGAAAUGCCUUACAACAUAAAUUUAAUGUGAAAUGCCAGGUAUCAAUGGAAGCUAAUAAAGAUUCUUUAAAAUAAUUUAUGUGUGUAUGUAUAAAUACAAAUUUUGUAGCACAAAUAGUCAGUAGGGUGAGCCCUUGCUCAAAGUAAAGUGUCACUUUGGUGAUCGGUUGGUCAUGGGUUCAAUCCAGAAGAUCCUCUUUUCACACGCAAAGGUAAGGCUGCACCCAAUUAUCCUCUCCAUACCUUCACAUAGCGAAGAGCCAUCUAGCACUAGGAUGCUAGUUUAUCCAGUCUUUAUUUAUAUAAGCAGUCUUAGAGUAAUAGCACUCUUGCCUUGAAAUGUUCCAACCUGCAUUUUUCUUCCUGACUAUGGCAUAGCUAAAUAGGAAUGGCUGUAUAUCAUCAUUUUUACUCAUUUAUUUUGGAAAAUCUGUUCCUUUGUCAUCUUGUAUAACUGUACAAGAUUUGUUUGCAAUACGGUAUUUUAAAAAUUUCUGUGCAUUGAUAUCAUUUUUACGGUUCUCUUAUAGUUUUAGUAUUUUCAUGAAAGAAAAACAUUAUGAUUCCUCUGUCACACGAUAUAUGUUUUAAUAUACUUAAACAAGCACAGAUUAAGUGCUUUCAGGAAUUGAACUUACGCUUUAAAAUUGUAGACAUCUACUAGGAUCCAAUUGGAAGGAAAGAGAGAAUCUGAUCAAGUUUAUUUUGAAUUUUUAUUUUCUGUUUGUUGUCAGGAGAGUCAAUGAACUGAAGUCAGAAAAUUGAUGUUUCUGACGAUGUUGUUAUGAAAUUCAAGCAGUUUUGGGCUCACUUCAAAGAUUCACCUCUAAAAGGGAGGAAUGCUAUUCUGCGAGGAAUUUGCCCGCAAGUAUUUGGCCUUUUCACUGUCAAGUUGGCUGUUGCAUUAACUCUCAUUGGAGGUGUGCAAAUGUCGAUGCUUCUGGAACUAGGAUACGAGGGGAGUCCCACUUACUCUUGGUUGGUGAUCCGGCACCGGAAAAUCUCAGUUUCUGAAAUUUGCUGCAAAAUUGAGUAACCGCUCUGUUAUUACACUGGAUUGGGAAGCACAAGUGCUGGACUGACUGUUACGCAGUGAAGGAUGGAGGUAUGUUUUUUAAGCUGAAAUUUUAACGGCAACAGAUUCUUUUAGUCUCGUUCAUACUUUGUUGUACCUGUUCUGUUUCUACUUUUGAAUUUGCCACUAGCUGUUAA